GGAAAAAAUAAACAAUAGACUGCGUUCGCCAGCAACUUUAGUCUGUCGAAUAUGAAGUAACGUUUCGGUCCUCUCCGCACGCAUGACGCGCUCAAAAUUUUUCGUUAUCCCGUUAUUUGAAAUUUAGGUUUUUAAUUAAUGACGGAGUACUAAAUUUUACGUGAAGUAUCUUUGUGCAAAAUUCUCUGUGAAAAUGCGCGAAAUCAUUCAAAUUCAAGUCGGACAGUGCGGAAACCAGAUUGGAUCCAAGUUCUGGGAGGUGAUAUCGGGCGAACAUGGCGUGGAUCAGAAGGGUCAGUAUCGGGGUAAGCUCAAGGUCGAGCUGGAGCGCAUCAACGUCUACUAUAACGAGGUCCAAGAGGGCAAGUACGUGCCGCGAGCGAUUCUCGUUGACCUCGAGCCAGGAACCAUGGACUCGGUGCGAUCUGGGCCCUACGGAGAAAUCUACCAUCCGGACAACUUCGUCUUCGGAAACUCCGGAGCCGGUAACAACUGGGCCAAGGGUCACUACACCGACGGCGCCGAGCUCGUUGACAACGUCAUGGAGGUCAUCAGGCGGGAGACGGAGAGCUGCGAUUGUCCCCAAGGAUUCCAAAUGACGCAUUCGCUGGGCGGCGGCACUGGUUCCGGCAUGGGAACCUUGAUAAUCUCGAAAAUCCGCGACGAGUACCCGGAUCGAAUAGUCUCGACCUUCUCCGUGGUACCGUCGCCCAAGGUCUCGGACACCGUAGUCGAGCCGUACAACGCGACCCUCUCGAUCUGCCGACUGAUGGAAUACACCGACCAGACUUACUGCAUGGACAACGAGGCGCUCUACGACAUCUGCUUCCGCACGCUCAAACUCGCGACGCCCACCUACGGCGAUUUGAAUAAACUCGUGUCCGCGACCAUGUCCGGCGUUACCACUUGUCUUAGGUUUCCCGGCCAGCUGAACGCCGAUCUUCGCAAGCUGGCGGUAAACAUGGUCCCGUUUCCACACGUGCACUUCUUCAUCUCGGGCUUCGCGCCCCUCAGUCCGGAGACCAACAUAAAGUACCGUUCCUGCUCGGUCCUCGAGUUGACCCAGCAGAUGUUCGAGGCGCGCAACAUGAUGGUCGCUUGCGACCCGAGAUGCGGCCGCUACCUCACCGUGGCUGCGAUCUUUCGAGGCCGAAUGUCGAUGCGCGACGUCGACGAGCAGAUGUAUAAUAUCCAGCACAAAAACAGUCCCUACUUUGUCGACUGGAUACCGAACAACGUGAAGACCGCCGUCUGCGACAUUCCGCCGACGGGCUACACCAUAUCGGCGACCUUCAUCGCAAACUCCACGGCUAUCCAGGUACUGUUCAAGCGGAUUUCCGAGCAGUUCUCGGCGAUGUUCCGCAGGAAGGCGUUUUUGCACUGGUACACCGGCGAGGGGAUGGACGAGUUGGAGCUGACCGAAGCCGAGGCUUGUUUGAAUGAUCUGAUAUCGGAAUAUCAGGAAUAUCAGGAAGCGACUGCCGAUGAGUUCGCGGACUACGAGGAAGACGAAGAAGAGGAGGAGGAUUACGCCUGACUUUGAUGAUUGCUCGGAUAUGCUUAUGUCUACCGGUCUCUAUUUGUACUGUUCUUUUUCACGCGUCAUUUUUGUUCGUGCUUUUAAAUUCGAAGUUUGUUACAUAUUUUGUUUUAAUGUCUGUAUAAUUUGCUGUUAUAACGUUUCGUAUACUCAGUGGUGUAAUGUGUGAUGAUGUCUUGGCUCUGAUUAAAAGUUUGGUUCUCCCUC